GAACGAGCCAGACGCACUCUCGCGCGCUUUAUUGGAGAACUGUGCGCAUUCGUUUUUAGUUCUCUCCGCUGCUGCGUAUACAUUUGUUUUUCAAAGAAACUAACAAAAAAACAAGGUAAUAAUGGCGCACGACGGAGCUCCUGCUGGCGAGUACGUGGCCAUUCUCGACGCCGGCUCUCAGUACGGCAAAGUCAUCGACCGCAAGGUGCGUGAACUGCGUGUGGAGACGGUCAUCCUGCCCCUCGACACCCCCGUCGAGCGUCUGCGCAACGACGAGAACUUGAAGGGUGUCAUCAUCAGCGGCGGGCCGUGCUCCGUGAACGACGCCUCCGCUCUGCGCUAUGACAAGGCCCUCUUCACCAUGGGGAAGCCGGUUUUUGGUAUUUGCUACGGCAUGCAGAUGCUGGCGGAGACCUUCGGCGGCGAGGUGCAGCGAGGCAAAGUCCGCGAAGACGGCCAGGACGAGAUUGAGAUGGACACGAGCUCGCCGAUCUUCGCGGGUCUGAAGCCGAAGGAGGCGGUGUUGCUGACGCACGGCGACUCCAUCACCUCCGCCGGACCGGCGAUGAAGGUGAUCGCCCGCAGCUCUGCCAACAUCAUCGCCGGUGUGCAGCACUCCUCGCUGCCGCUCUUUGGUGUGCAGUUCCACCCCGAGGUGGAGCUAACAGUGUCCGGCAAGACGAUGUUUUACAACUUUCUGCACUUCUGCGGGUGCGCCUUCACCUUCACGAUGGAGGACCGCGAGGCCGUCGCGCUGCGCCUCAUUCGGGAGCGCACCGCUGGUGGGCAGAAGGUGCUCUGCCUGGCCUCUGGCGGCGUGGACAGCACCGUGUGCGCGGUGCUGCUGCUGAAGGCGCUGGGGCCGGAGCGGGUGGAGUGCAUCCACAUCGACCACGGCUUCAUGCGUCUGCACGAGAGCACGCAGGUCGUCGAGGCCCUGCAGGCCGCCGGGGUGCAUCUGCAUCUGGUCAAGGCGCAGGACGACUUUGCGCAGGCCACAACCGAGAUGGCCGCCAAGGGUAGCCGCCCCUCUUACACGACGAAGAAGCUGUGUGAGACGACGGACCCAGAGGAGAAGCGCAACAUCAUCGGCAACACCUUCAUGAAGGUGUGCGACCGCGUGAUCAAAGAGCUACAGCUGGACGUGAACAAUCUCCUGCUCGCACAGGGCACCCUGCGGCCGGACUUGAUUGAGUCGGGCUCCAAGUACGCCAGCGCCAACGCGGACGCCAUCAAAACACACCACAACGACACCGCCGUCGUCCGUCAGCUGCGCGACGCCGGCCGCAUCAUCGAGCCCCUCUGCGACUACCACAAAGACGAGGUGCGGGAACUCGGUGUGCGCCUGGGCAUCCCGCGGCACCUGGUCGAGCGCCAGCCCUUCCCCGGGCCGGGUCUCGCCAUCCGCACCCUCUGUUCCGACGGCACCCCGUUCCGCGAUGCGGCCUUUGCGGAGACCGAGGCUACUGUGAAGCGGGUGUGCAGCGGUGAAGGCGAUGCCGCCGUCACCACGCUGGCGCGCACUGCCGGACUGUCCGCCUGCGUGCUGCCGGUGCGUACGGUGGGGGUGCAGGGCGACGGCCGCACGUACGCCUACGCUGCAGCCCUCUCCAUGCAGGCAUUCCCGAGGGCAGAACAGUGGCAAACGCUCAUGCACUUGGCGAAGGUGAUCCCUAAGACGGCUCAUGCGGUGAACCGCGUGGUGUUCAUGUUCGGCGCCGCAGAACCGAACUCCCCCAUCGAGGUGACGCCAACCUGCCUGACGACAGACGUGCUCGACAAGCUGCGCCUGGCCGACGGUGCCGUCAAUGCGAUCUUGAUGGAGCACGAGCUGGUGCGUGUGUUGAGCCAGGUGCCGAUCAUCCUCGUGCCGGUGGGCUUUCACGUUAAAGGCGGUUACAGUGUGGUGGUACGCACAUUCUUGACAAGCGACUUCAUGACCGGGGUUCCCGCCACACCUGGGUCCGCGUACAUGCCGCUGAAGGUGCUCGAAGAGAUCGCGGCAGCGGUGCAGCAGCUGGACUUUGUGGGGCGCGUCAUGUACGACCUCACCGCCAAGCCCCCAGGGACGACGGAGUGGGAGUGA